UUUGUCUUCGAUCAAUCGAUGACUUUCAUUCAUUCAUUCAUUCAUCUUGAUCGCAAUGAUGAUGGCUCCUUAUUUGGCCAUUUUAUUCAUCGGUUUUUCUUUUGUUUCAUCGAUGUUAUCAUCAACGAUGACCACGACGAUGAUAAUAAACAAUGAAAUAAACAGCGAAUCUUCGAAACGAAUUGUUGGCGGUGAACGUGCGCGAAUCGAACAAAUUCCAUGGCAAGCAUUAAUACAACAACGAAUAUCAUCGUUCGAAAAUGAUUCUUCAACGAUUAUACAAUGUGGUGCUGUUAUAAUCGAUCCAUUAUGGAUAUUAUCAGCUGGUCAUUGUAUCCAUCGGCCACGACAAGGAGAAUCAUAUCCGAUCGAUGUUUAUUUUGGUGUAACGGAAAUUACGCCCGAUAUUCGACAAUCCAAUGUUGUUCGAUCGGUUAUACGAAUAUUUGAUCCGGCAAAAUCGGAUCAAAGAUUAUCCGGUGAUUUGAUUUUAUUACAAUUAAAUCAAUCAAUUACAAUUAGCUCAAAAAUACAACCAAUUCGUCUGCCUGAAAUGGAUGAUAAUUUUGAUUAUCAAAUCGGCGUAGCUUCGGGUUAUGGUGCAACAUUUUUUCAAGAUCCAAAAACAAUAAAACCGAUAAAUAUUUUGCACUCGGUAUCGGUACCAAUUUUGCCAAAAUCAUCAUGUUUGGAAUUGUAUCGAAAAGCAUUCAAAGAUGGAGCUACCAUUGCUGAAGAUUUAAUUCAGAAAAAUAAAUUAAUUUGUGCCGGUUAUCGGCAAGGUGGAUCAGAUGCUUGUAUAGGUGAUUCUGGUGGUCCGUUAGCUGUUUGUGUUGAUGAUUUUUGGUCAUCUUGGCGACGACGAAGAAGAUCGAAUUCGAUGACCAGAUCAUCAUCAUCAUCAAAUUAUCUUGAUAAACAAUGUAAUGGUCAAUGGAAAUUAGCGGGUAUUAUUUCCAUCGGGUAUCGUUGUGCUGAACCACAAUUACCCGGUUUGUAUAUCGAUUUAACUGUUUAUUCGAAAUGGAUACAAUCGAUUAUUAUGAAUAAUCGAUUAAUCGAUUUAAAAAUUAAUUAAUCGUUCAUCUCCUCUUUUAUUAUUAUUAUUAUUUCGUUUUGUUUUUAA